AUGCGGUUGACCUAUACAAAUUCUGGCUUAUCUUUGCUUGCACUUGCUUCAAAUGGCGUUCAUAAACUCUGGAAAUGGCAACAAAGUGAACUCAAUCCAUCUGGGAAGUCGACUGCAUCUAUUGUCCCACAAUUGUGGCAACCAACACAUGGAGCUCUCAUGUCUAAUGAUGUCAAUGAGAGUAAACCUGCUGAGGAGUCAGCAGCAUGCAUUGCUUUGUCCAAGAAUGAUUCUUAUGUCAUGUCUGCAUCUGGUGGGAAAGUCUCCCUGUUCAACAUGAUGACUUUCAAGGUCAUGGCAACUUUCAUGGGUCCUCCCCCUACAGCUACAUACUUGGCUUUCCAUCCACAAGACAAUGAUAUUGCUGCGAUAGGAAGGGAAGAUUCAAUUAUACAAAUUUACAAUGCAAGACUUGAUGAGGUCAUAAUCGAACUCAGAGGUCAUCAGAAACAGAUUACAGGACUUGCUUUCUCACGGACUUCACUUGUUUCAUCAGGAGCUGAUGCUCAGCUAUUUAUCUGGGAUCUUAUUGGAUGGGAGGAGAAGAAAUCAAGAAGCAUACAGUCGCCACCUGGUCAUCCUUCCUCUCUGAUUGGAAAAACUACAGUUCAAUUCCACAAUGAUCAACUUCAUCUUCUUGUGGCACAUGAAAGUCAAAUUGCUAUUUAUGACCACCAACUGGAGUGCUUGAGAUUGUGGUCUCCAACAGCACCAUCUGAAAAUCCUGAAGUUUGCUCAAACAGAAGAUGA